CUAGAUAAUGGUUAUUACCCAAUUACUCCAUAUAAUCUAAUAUUUGAUAAAAUUAAACAAACGAAUAUGAAAGCUGCACAGGAGUUACUAGACCAUUGGGCGACAAUGUUGAAUAUUGCAAAGAAUAUAUUGACUUAUUAUGCAAAUGAGUUCGAGAAUAGGGAUAUUACCAUACCUCUACCACUCUUAUUAAUAGAACAAGAUGCUGAACAAGAAUAUGAGGGUUAUUUGUUAUAUGAUACUACUUGGGAAUCUGUAAAAAACCUUAAAAAUUGUGACAAGCUAGUAAAGGUGUUCAAAGAAGAGAAGGAGUUUAAUUUGA